UCUAUUUUUUUUUUUGUUUUUCUGAGAGUACAUUUUCUAAUCCUAGAAAAAAAAAACUUUGUUUUCUCUUAAGCAUUUCCAGACUCCAUUAACAUUCUACUUUUGCGAUUUUUUUUUUUUUGAAGCUUAAUUUUGAUCUGGUCUUUCCUCAUCUGGGUUUUUCUGGCUUUUGUUCUUUAGGUGGGCUUUUAGUUAUUAACAUUACUAAAUUUGGGUUCUUUUAGUUUUUGCGGGUUUUUGUUGGUAUGAGAAAUUAUUAAGGUUAGAAGAAGAGAGAAGCUGGGGUUAGGUUUUGAGGAAGGAAAGGUGAAGUCUUGGGAUAUGUGCAAAUCAAAUGGAAGGAAGAAGAAGAAGAAGAAGAAGAAGAAGAAAAAGAACAGUGAAAAAGAAGAUCUUGAUGAUGAAGCUGUGGUGGAAGAAACAGGGUGUUGGAUCAAGUUAAGGCUUAUUGGAAGCUGCAUUUCUUCAAGAUCCAAAGUUGACAGUUCCAUUAGUGGGACGAGUACCCAUUGUGAUAGCAAAUCUGGGAAUGAUACCAGUAGAGAUGAACCGGCAGCUCCAGUUGUCUCAUCUACAAGCACUAGCAAUGCAGAAAGUAAUUCAUCUACUUCCAAACUUGAAGAUGAGCUUAAAGUUGCAUCUCGGUUAUGGAAGUUCACAUUUAAUGAUCUAAAGUUGGCAACAAGAAACUUCAGACCUGAGAGUCUCCUUGGUGAAGGUGGUUUUGGUUGUGUUUUCAAGGGGUGGAUUGAAGAAAAUGGACCUGCUCCAGUAAAACCAGGCACUGGGCUUACUGUUGCUGUUAAAACACUUAACCAUGAUGGCCUCCAGGGUCAUAAAGAAUGGCUGGCCGAAGUGAAUUUUCUUGGUGAUCUCGUUCAUCCUAACUUGGUUAAACUUAUUGGUUAUUGCAUUGAAGAUGACCAGAGACUGCUAGUGUAUGAGUUUAUGCCUCGAGGAAGCUUGGAAAACCACCUCUUCAGAAGAUUCUUGCCUCUUCCGUGGUCCAUAAGGAUGAAAAUUGCACUAGGUGCUGCAAAGGGCCUUGCAUUUCUUCAUGAAGAGGCAGAAAGGCCUGUGAUAUAUCGGGAUUUCAAAACCUCUAAUAUCCUACUAGAUGCAGACUAUAAUGCAAAGCUUUCUGAUUUUGGACUUGCCAAAGAUGGUCCUGAGGGAGACAAAACCCAUGUAUCAACCCGUGUGAUGGGAACAUAUGGCUAUGCGGCCCCAGAAUAUGUAAUGACUGGACAUCUUACAUCGAGAAGUGAUGUCUACAGUUUUGGUGUGGUUCUACUAGAAAUGUUGACUGGAAGAAGAUCCAUGGACAAAAACCGACGUAAUGGAGAACAUAAUCUUGUGGAAUGGGCUCGGCCUCAACUAGGAGAGAGAAGGAAAUUCUAUGGAUUGGUCGAUCCUAGGCUUGAAGGUCACUUCUCAAUUAAAGGUGCUCAGAAAGCUGCACAGUUGGCUGCUCACUGUCUCAGCCGUGAUCCAAAAGCUAGACCCUCAAUGAGUGAAGUGGUGGAGGCCUUGAAGCCGCUGCCGAAUCUCAAGGACAUGGCAAGCCCUUCAUAUUAUUUCCGGUCAAUGCAAGCAGAACGAGUAGGGUCCAGCCCAAAUGCUAGAAAUGGUAUCCGAACUCAGGCUGGGUCGUCACUUUCUAGGAAUGGGCACAGGAGCCUUUCCAUUCGAAACGGUUCCCAUGCUUCUCCCUAUCACCAUCAAUACCCCUAUCAAUCACCAAAGCCCAAUGGUAAACCAUAAUGUUGGGUAAUUAAUAUCUUUUCCUCAACCUCUUCUCAUCAUUUAUUUCUUCACGCCCCCCCCCCCCCCCCUUCUUUUUUUCUCGGUAUAGAUGUAUUCUGCCAAAGCAUUUGUUCCCAGAUAAUGGAAAAAGCAACAGAGAGAAACAUGUUUGCUUUAUUUUGUAUUUAGGAUGUUAACCUCCCUGGCAGGAUAGUCGGCAGGUGAAGCUUAUGGAGCAAAAUGUCAUGUUAAUCAUCUGUUGCUUUAAUCUGUUUGGAAAUAUUAAAGAUUAGUUUCUCUCCUUUCUUUUCUCCUUUCCCGCGUGUAUACAAGCGCUUGUUUCUUGGUAGUAUCCACAUGGCUGAAUGUUUCUUUUGAUGUACAGCCUUUAUCCUGAUCAACUCUUUGGAAAUUGGUUGUUAUCGUUGGCAAGUAGUUUAUCAUUUUAAUCGAUUCCUAUAAUGGAAUUUAGAACGAGUCUAUCACAUAUAAUUAGCGAUUCCAUGUAAUAUCAAUGAUUUUGCUGCUUCGAAUAUCCUUCAUUUAAGCUCACAUGGAGCUCGAAAAGACCCCUCUGGCUGCUUUCUGAUCUCUCUGCACCAGUGCUACCGGAUCAGAGACUUGCAGAGUAACGAAAAACUAA